UUAAUAUAAGUUGUUGCCUUAAGGCAGACAUUAAUGAGUCCUUUUUGUCAAGGUGAGGGAACAGAGAUAACAGACAAUGUGCUUAACUUUAAAGGAUGCAAUCACAGCUUUGGAUAUGAGAGUCGGGUUAUAAAAUGACACUGCAGUCUUCUGGGAAAACAAGCUGAGCUUUUGCCCUUGACUAUACAGAUUGAUUAGAUUAUUUUAAUGUCAGUACCAUGCAAAAGAGACGGAUGUUCGUGUCUGACAUUUUGUUGUAUGACAGAGUCUGGCUUUUCCUGCAAGUAUAGAUAACAACUUAUUACAUUGCAGUUUAGCUGACCUGUUAAUUGGGUAUUUUACUUUGAAAUAAACCCCUGGCCACACAUUUAAAAGAGUCAGAUAAGUUGGAGUUCAUCAAAAAGAGAACCAGUUUUUCACAAUGACCAAGUGAAGUUUGUCUAGUGUUACCACUAGAUGGUGCUGUUUAGUUACAUGCUGCUAGCUCUGUGAACGCAGCCCUGGUUCUGUGGUGUCACACGAGAGAAUAAUGUAACCUCAGUUUCCAAUAUAACGCUAACGUUUUCAGUCUGCCUUGAUGUACAGCUCCUUUGCUGCAGAAUUUUGCAAAUCCAACGAAGUCUAUACUUGUAUUUUCUGCCCAAAAACUGCAAAAUGACAAACUGUCCACAAAGAUGGCCAGUAAACACAAGUAGUUUAUGGUCUAAUCUGUUGAUUUUGUUGUGCAAUCCAUAUUGAACUGCACUCAAGUGGUCGUGGUAGCUCAAGUAGCUAUUUAAGUCUGAUUUGCCGAGCUCUGUAAACAAGCCUAAGUACAAGAAAAACAUGUCACAUCUGUAUCUGUGACGACUGAAAAUGCAUUCUAGUUUUGUUGUUUUUAUCUUCCCGCAUUUAAGAAAAAAACCCUGCAGGCUUUGAUGCUUUGAUUCUUCUCCAGCUUUAAGGAACGGGCAAACAAUUAUAUCGCCACUUUGCGGGAUGUAAACCAUGAAAGCUGAUACUAUAGUGAAUAUGCUUUAUCUGUUUCAGUGAGCAUGAAACAAAUGAGAUGGAAAUGAGCUUAACAAACACAAAGAUAGGAAAUGCAAGCAUCUGUUGUUGAUGUACACUUAAAUUAAGAUAUUUCUUUAUGCUUAAAGGAUGAAUAGUAUGUGUAAAAAAGGACCCAGAAACCUUUUACAGGGCAUCACGUGACCAGAGUUAAGAGCUUCUCAUUUUUCUUCUGAAAUCCGAAAUUCAUCUGAAACACAUUCACUGAACACACGGUAACUUAUUUGUAAUAUCAAUAGUUGUGGUCAGUGGUUUUUAAAUGUGGUUGCUCUUCUCCCUUGUCUGCAAACGUCUUCAUAUCUGUGUUUAUGUUUGCUUCUACAGUAACCUAAUCCUGUUUUUGUAUUUCUGUGUGUCGCAGCAGCCAGCCGGCAGAGUAAGCAGCCAACAAAAUGAGUGUUAUCAAGUAUCAGUGCUGUUUUUACUGCUACAAUCAUGUGCCAGACAGAGAUAGAGAUGAUGGAGUGAAUAGGAAUGCAAGCUAUAUAGAAGAAAAGAGAGGUCUUGCGCAGGCGAAAGAAAUAGUGAAAGAAUGUGAUCCUGGAGGAAGAGGGAGGGAAAGAAAUAGAUAGAAAGACAGAUAUUGAAGUGAUGAAGUCAGACAGAUACUGAGAAAGGGCUCUAACAUGUCACAUGUGAGUGUGCCGGUGUUGCCAAAGAGAGGCUCUAUUUUUAGGGAAGGAAUGUACACAGAGGCCUCGUGGAAAGAGACCAUAACAACAAACAGUGCGCAACACGCUCCUACAAAGAGACAGCCCCCUUUGGAACAUACAGUCACACAGCAUCAACACAAGAGAAAAGACGAAGAAAGAACAGGAAAAUGUCAAGACAUCACCUUUUCUGCUGAGAUCUUGUGUCGAAUACAGAGUGAGACCUCCAGAAAGCAUAUAAAGAGAGAGAGAAGAGGAAGAGAAUGGACCAACCAGCAGUCAAAGUCUUCCACUACAAAGACAAAGAGCAGUCCUCUAACCUGCUGCUGCAGCUCAACAGACUGAGACAGGAGAAAAUCCUCACAGACGUUUUACUGUGCUCAGACAACACAGAGAUCCCAUGCCACCGUAAUGUCCUGGUCUCCAGCAGCCCUUACUUCAGAGCCAUGUUCUGCAACAACUUCAUCGAGAGACAGAAGACCAAGAUUGACUUAAAGGGCAUCACCUCAACCAUUCUCAGUAGUAUCAUUGACUAUGUUUACACUGGACUCGUUAUUAUCAGCAUGGAUAUCGUGCUGCCUCUGAUGCAGGCGGCAUCCAUGUUGCAAUAUGGCCGCCUUUUUGAGGCCUGCUCGGGUUUCCUUCAGGACCAGCUGAGCCCAGAAAACUGUUUGAGCAUGAUAAGACUCUCUGAGAUCAUGAAUUGUAACAGUUUGAAAGACAAGGCUAAAGAGAUGGCUAUGAAGAGCUUCUCCGAUGUGUCAGCAUCCGAGGAUCUGUGUGAGCUCUCCUUAACAGAGCUCAUGGGAUACCUUGAGGAUGAUAGUCUUUGCGCAGAGGAGGAGCAGGUCUUUGAGACACUUGUUGCCUGGAUCCACCAUGAUCCCUUAUCCAGGCGCGGUGCCAUUAGCGACCUUUUCAAGAAAGUCCGCCUUCGGUACAUCCACCCCACCUUCCUCUUCCAAUUCAUAGCCAACGACCCUCUGAUCCAGUCCUCCACCCUCUGCACAGAGCUCAUCGAAUCCGUGAGACGCCUCAUGUUUUCUGUCAACACAAAAUGCAUCGGAGACGCAGCAGUGGACUUCAAACCUCUCUGGGUGGCACCAAGGCGCUACACCUACCAUGAUAUGCUGGUGGUGGUGGGUGGCAGGAAGAACAACGAGCAGACCUCGAGGGAGACCCUAGUCUUUGAUGAGAAGAACCAGAAGUGGCAGUGGCUCGCCAAGCUGCCCAUUCGUCUUUACAAGGCCUCUUAUGUUGCCCUUCACAGUGUGCUGUAUGUUAUCGGAGGCCUGACCACAAACACAAAGUACAGCCAAGUCAGUACGACUGUCUACACCCUCUCCCUCAAGACCAACCAGUGGCGAACGGCAGAGCCCAUGCUGAAGCCACGCUUUGCCCACCAGAGCGUCUCCUAUCUCCACUUCAUCUUCAUUCUGGGCGGCCUUGGGCCUGACAGACGAGUGACAGACAGCGUGGAGAGGUACAACAGUAUGUUUAACCAGUGGGAGUCUAUGGCACCCAUGCCUGAGGCUGUGCUGCACCCAGCAGUGGCUGCUACUAACCAGAGGAUCUAUAUGUUUGGAGGAGAAGAUGCCCUGCAGAACCCUGUCAGAAUAAUACAAGUGUAUCACAUUGCCAGGAACAUGUGGUCCAAGAUGGAGAACAGAACGGUGAAGAAUGUGUCUGCUCCAGCUGCCAUUAUGGAUGACAAAAUCUACAUCAUUGGAGGAUACACCAGGAGAAUGAUCGCAUACGACACCAAGGCCAACCGAUUCAUUAAGUGUGCCAAUCUGAAGGAGAGAAGGAUGCACCAUUCUGCCACCGUUCUCAAUAACAAAGUAUAUGUCACAGGUGGACGUUACAUCAACGGCCAUGACACCAUCGAGGACUCGGAUAAUUUCGAGUGCUAUGACCCAAAGACAGACACCUGGACAUCUAAGGGGACUCUGCCGUAUAAAGUGUUUGACCACGGCUCCCUGACUCUGACGUGUGUCUCACAGACGAGGGCAAUAUCUUAGCUGAGGCAGAGAAGAUUUAAUGUUGUGAUUUAUUUUUAGUCAGUGUGUUUGAGGUCGAAUUCAAAUUUGAAUUAUAUUAAUUUGAAAGCAAUUUAUUUAAAGGAGCUACUUGUAGGUUUUGCUAUUGCUACAUAGUUAACAUUAGCAUUAACAGCUGUUUACUUACCAGUCUAGGAGAAACAUUGCAAGUUCAAUGUCAAACUUCAUUCCUUUACUCGCCAAGAACUGUCUCCAGUGGUGGAAAGAAACCUCCCAUUUUGCUUCUAUUUCCUUCACUGAAGUUAGCGUGCUAACCAGCUAGCUGCGGCCCAGCCGGACUGUCACUGUCUGAUAGCAAGUCACUGUAGUGUUCAAUCUGCCCUGAAGAAGUAGUGCUGCUCAGAGGGUGUCUUAUAACCUCUUUUAUUGAAAAUGCAAUGAUAGCUGAAGCUCACGCAAGCGACCAUCACCACCAACCGCUCCUGGCCAGAAACCACAUUCGCUGGCCAAUAGCCAAGACUGUCAAUCGAAAAGCACUGAUGCAGAAAAUCUACUUGUUUAAAAAUGCCUGAUACAUAGAAGCAAGCAUACCUCAAGUGUGUAUAUUUACUUGAGUAAUGUUUAUAACUGAAUGUACUUUUCUAUGUUUUUUAUUUAAAAUCCAGACCUAUGAAAACAAGCUAUCCUACUGCACAGCCGCUUCUAAACUUGUCUGACUACACAAAGGGUAAAAGCGCUAUUUUCAUCCCGCUCUAAAUCAUGAGAUUUCACUUGUCAUGUUUAAAUCCUGGGGCUGUGUACUGUUUGGUGCAAGUCAAAGCUUUGCUCAGCUGUUAGGUUUGAACCUGCUGCCGUGUCUGGUAAACUUUUGGAUCACUGAUCACUGAUCAUUGCUUUUAUUCAAAAUGAUGCUGGAAUUAUUGUGAUAUCACUGUUACCAAGGGUUUCAUGCAGUGGCGAUAUUUAUAAAAACAAAGGCUAAGAAAUGUGUUAAAAAUGUAGCUUUGGGCUGCAUUUAGACAACUAUUGGUAAUGUUUUUAGUUUGUGCAGUUUUUCCACUGCUUUGGACCUAUUGCCCACAUAUAUACUGUAUAUAAUGCACAGCAUAGCUCUGCAACAUUGUAUAUCUACUGUUGUUGGUGUAUAUUGAAAUAAUAACAGACUUUUGUUUUUUUAAAAUGGUUUUCUGAUACUUUUGUAUUGUAAUCUUUGUGGUAAUAAAAUGUCACUCUUUA